AUUUUAAACCGUUGAUUCUAACCUAUAAAAUCUCCGGGGACUCACAUUAUUGUUGUUUGAUUAUUAUUGUCAAUUGAUUGGUUGACUUCGGAAUGUUUAUUGAUUUAAAAUGAAGAAUGGGUAUGAAGUUUGCAGCGCGGCUCCACCAGGAUGAAAUGUUACUACGAAGUGCUCGGAGUAUCCCGAGACGCCACCGACGACGACGUGAAGAAGUCCUACCGGAAGCUAGCCCUGAAAUGGCACCCAGACAAAAACCUAGACAGCCCGACUGAGGCAAAAGAGCAGUUCCAACAGGUCCAGCAGGCAUACGAGGUCCUAUCAGACCCACACGAGCGCGCCUGGUAUGACAAUCACCGAGAAGCCAUCCUGAAAGGAGGCAUCGGGGAAAACUACAAGGACGAAUCCAUAGACCUCUUCCAGUACUUCUCGCCAAGUUGCUUCCGGGGCUACAGUGACGACGAGAAAGGCUUUUACGCGGUUUACCGUCACGUCUUCGAGACCCUAGCAGCAGAGGACGCGGAAUUCGCGAAGGAAGGGGAGUCGGACGAGGAAAUUCCGAGCUUCGGAGACUCCAGCAGCUCUUACGAGCACGUUGUGCACCCUUUCUACGCCUAUUGGCAGAGCUAUACGACAAAGCGAUCGUUCGCCUGGCUAGACCCGUACGACAUUCGGGAUACGCCGAACAGGAAAGUCCUUCGUAUUGUCGAGAAGGAGAAUAAAAAAGUCAGAGACAAGGCGAAGCGUGAGAGGAAUGAGCAGGUGUGGAAUCUGGUGGCCUUCAUCAGGAAACGGGAUAAAAGAGUUCAAGCACAUGCACAGAUGCUCGCGGAACGGGCGCUGGAGAACGCGAAGAAGACAAAGGAGCGUCAGAGGCAGAAGCUGAUUGAGCGACAAAGAGAGCUGAAGGAGCAUAAGGUCCCGGACUGGUCGAAGUCUUCGAAUUCGGAGUCUGACUGGAAACACAUUCAGGAUUAUCUGGUUGCUGAAUUUGGCGAGGAGCCAGCUCGGGAGGAGGACGAUGAGGAUGACGAGGGUGAUUCAAAUGCCCUCUACUGCGUCGCUUGCAAUAAAAUGUUCAAGACUCAAAAGGCUUUCAGCAAUCACGAGAACUCGAAGAAGCACAGGGACAAUGUUUCGGCGAUGAAGAGUGCGAUGGUGGAGGAUGAUGAGAAUUUUAGUUAUAGUGAUGAUGAGGAGAAGGAUGAUGGGUCGGACUCUGAGGAGAAGGGGACCAGGGGGAAGCCAGCUACUGGACCGGAAAUGCCCGACUUCUUGCUCAAUCCUGAAAUUCAAGAGGAGGUUGAUGAUACUGAUAAAGUGUCGGAGGAGGAGUUAAUUUCAGAUCCCGAUGAUGAUGAUGAUGAUGAUGAUGAUGAUGAUGAUGAUGUUAGUCAGACGAGGAAGACGAAGGCAAACAAGAAGAAUAAGGGGAAAACAGCUCCUGUUGUUGAGCCGCAGAUGGACACCUCAGCCUAUAUAUUCCCAGGAAGCGAAGAGCCAAAAGAUAAGGAUGAUGGAGGCACAUCCGAAGGGGAGCUUAUAUCAGACCAAGAGGACGAGGAGGAAGUACUUGUGAGGAAAAAAAAGAAGAAGAAGCCAAAGGGGAUGAAGAGUGCUGUUGUCAAGGAUAGCGAUGAGGAGUUCGAUGGUGAUAUUGGAUUAUCCAAAAAGCAGAGAAGGAAGAAACAGAAUAGAGAGGAAUUACUGAUGAAGAGGAUGGAAGAAAAGACCGACGGGGAUGCUGGUGGCGAGGACGAGGUGAAGUCACCAGAGAAUGUAGAGGCGAAGCUUCCGGAAGUGAGCACUCCAGCUGCGGUAAAGACGAAAGGAAAAAAGGCGAAGGAGUCGAGAAGAGUUCAGACACAAGUGGAUGCUAAGUCGAAGCCUCAACGAAGUAAAAAAGAGGGGAGAGGGAAGUCGGAGGUUCCGGAUGUUGAACAUUUCUGUGUGACUUGCAAAGGGGAAUUCCCCAGUAAGAAUAAAUUGUUCGAUCAUUUGAAGAAGACCGGGCACUCAGUUUAUUUACCGACCUCGGCGAAAUCUAAGAAAAGUCACGAGAAGAAGUCCAGGGGACGAGAGAGGCCUGAUAGUGAUACCGAAUGAAUUUAUUUAUUGUAAAUGGGGGGUGGAGGAGGAUAUGAGCCACAGAACGGGGUUAUUAUCGAUAUUGAUUUAUUGUAAUGCGUGAUCAGUUGAUAGAAAUAAAUAAAUUGAAUUUUUCUCUAUA